AUGACGACUAUUGUGGAGAGAACUUCUCAAGGGAUCAUUUACAGGGCUGCGAAGGAGUAUCCGAUUCCGGAUUUGGAUGUGUUGAGUUUACUAUUUGACUCCCCCCACACCUCCGCCAAACCAGACACCCCAAUCCACAUCUCCGCGGCGAACCCCUCGCACAUCCUUACCGUCGCCCGCGCUCGCCUCCUGACUGAAGCCACUGCCGCAGCUCUCCGGAACCAUUUCUCCAUUGGCGCAUCAGGCCCUAACCGGGACGUCGUCUCGGUCAUGUCCACAGGGCACCACCUACUUCCUGUGCUGGUGUACGCCGCUAUUGCGGCUGGGGGCGUCUUUUCGGCCGCUAGCUCAGCUAGCACAUCGAAGGAGCUUAGUGCGCAGAUCAAAGAGGCUGGGAGUAAGGUGCUAUGUUGCGUUGAAGCUACUAAGGAAGUGGCGGUGCAAGCGGCGGAGUUGGCCGGGUGGGGGGAGAAUGGUGGUGGACGGGUUCUGGUUAUGGGUGAGGGAGAGACGUGGGGUUUGAAGGCUGUGGAGAAGGGAGGGGAGUUGGGGAAGGAGCUGGUGGAUGAAGGGAGUAGGUUGCCGUGGGAGAAGAUUACGGAUCCAGCGGCUUUGGAUGAGAGUAUGAUUGUGUUGAUUUAUUCGAGUGGGACGACGGGACUACCGAAAGGCGUGCGAUUAUCCCAUCGAAACCUCGUCGCUGAAGCUGUCAUACCCGGGGACAUGUUUAAGCAGUACAUGGUCCAGAACAAACCAGACUUCAAAUACUCAACGCUCGCCCAUCUACCCACCGCUCACAUUGCCGGCAUACAGGGAUACUUCAUCAACCCCUUCUACAUGGGCGGGCCAACCUACUGGAUGCCCAAAUUCUCGUUCUCAGAGUUUCUAGAAUACAACAAGAAAUACCAAAUAACAUUCUUCUUCACCGUCCCACCCAUCUACCUCCUCAUCGCCAAAUCCCCCGCCGUAACCGACCACUUCGACUCCCUUGAAGUCGCCAUCAGCGGCGCCGCGCCGCUCGGAAAGGAGCUCCAACACGCCGCCAGCCAGAAGCUCAGCCGCGGCAAGACCUUCAUCAGCCAGACCUGGGGCCUCUCCGAGACGACCGGCUCCGCAACCGUAAUGCCCUUCGGCAUGAACGACGACACAGGCAGCGUGUCCCCCCUCAUCCCUAGCAUGCUCGCGAGAAUAGUCGACGAGGACGGCCGCGACGUCGAGCCCGGGAAGCCCGGCGAAGUCCUCGUGAAAGGCCCCGUCGUGGCGAAAGGGUACCAUAACAACGAAGCCGCGGACAAGGAGGCCUUCGUCGACGGCUGGUUCUGCACAGGUGAUAUUGGCGAGUUUCGCAACGGGCUCUUCUACAUCGUCGACCGCAAGAAAGAGCUCAUUAAGUACAAGGGGCUUCAAGUAGCACCCGCUGAGCUAGAAGCUCUGCUCGUGAGUCAUCCCGAUGUCCUUGAUGCCGCGGUUAUUGGGGUAGACAGCGACGACGGCACGAACGAGGUUCCGCGCGCGUACGUGGUGGCGGACGAGAAGAAGAUUAGUGCGGAGAAGAUUAUGUCGUGGGUUAAGGAGAAUGUGGCCAGCCACAAGCAGCUGAGAGGCGGUGUGGUUUUCCUGGAUGCGAUUCCAAAGAGUCCGGCUGGGAAGAUUUUGAGGAAGGAUUUGAGGGCGCUGGUGAAGAGGGAGCAGGGGGCGAAGCUGUGA